AUGCCUUCACCCUCAGAUUCCUCAGGCUCUUUGGAUUCUUUCUCAGAUAGCGACUCCUCAACUUCGAGCGUGAGUUUAUCAGAAGACUCAAAGAUUCCUAAACCUGCCGGUGAACCUGGGCGUCCGGGGCGUGGGGGUUACACACUUCAUGAAGCUUUAGAUUGGAAUCCAAAGUCAUACGCAAAAUUCAAGAGGUCUAUGCAUAGUCUCAUCGACAACCACCUUGACACGACAAAAUGCGCGUCUGCCCAAAGUCCCAUGCUAUUGGAAGUCGUGCGUGGCAAGGCGCUCGACAACUUCCCAGACCUUGACAAUUAUACCAACUUGUGGCCAGUCAACGAUUUGAUCAUGACAUGCCUGAAAUACACGUCUGGACGCGCGAGACGAAAGGAGGGAGAAAUGGCUGUAGGCAAGAGCAAGGCCAGGAAGUGA